AUGGAAAAGGUUCGCGGCACUAUCAUCGACGGCAGAUUGGAAAAUGUUCGAUAUCGACAAUAUCAACUACAGCAGCUGCACUUGGCGCUUCGUAAUGGAGCCGAGCAGUUACAAGAUGCACUUUGCAAGGACUCGGGUAUAAGCAAAACAAUUGCAAAAACAGAAUUUUACCUCGCCAUGGACUCAGUCAACAAAGCUUACGAAACCCUUGAUUUUGAUCAAGCUUUGAAAGACGAAUAUCUCAUCAAAGAUGGGAAAGACAAUUUAAAUAGCAGAUCAGGAUUAGGGGUGAUUGCUUUUCGCCCUGGCACACAUAGCCGAUUGUACUCAAUUGUAACAGUUGUUGCAAUGGCAAUUGCGGCGAAAAAUGCCCUGUAUCUUGAGUCGCUCAGUAAUAUCAUCGCAAGCGCACUUGAUAAAGAUUUGUUCGCGGUAUCUUCCAAAUUCUCAUCCCCGGACAUCUCUGGAGCAGAUCUUUUUAUAGAUGGAACAGCAGGUGAAGAAGAACAAAUAUUGACAGGCUCAGGGACAUAUUACAGCAAGUCAUUAGCCGUUGUUGAUAGGUCAGCAGAUUUAAAAAUAGCAGUCCGAGCCAUCGUCAACUCACGGUUACCUCACAACUGUAACUCACCAUACUCUCCUGGUUUGGUGAUUGUUCAUGAAUUUGUAAAGGACAGCUUUGAAAAACUAUGCUUGGAAUACGCGAAAGACCUCAUGACUGUGCAAGACUUUGAGAACUUCCAAUAUGACACAGAUGUUGAAUACCACAAGGACCUAGUGGAGGCAGAAAGUCUAGGUCAGAUCACGCUGACGAAGUUGGGCGUGUAUGGCCUAGCAAUUGUAGAGAGCAGAGACAGUAAUUCUGCGUUGAUCGCUACAAAGACCAAUAGACCUUAUAUUCACGUCCUCUCAUCAACAGGAAUUGUGGACACUACAGUGAAGCAACAAGGGUUUGAAGCGAGAAGAGCCACGUACCUGUUUGCAACUCCCAGCGUUGCAAAGUUCAUGAGUGAACAAAUCCCAGCGGCGGUCAGCUACGUCGAUCAGAUCCCAAGACAACUGUUGAUAGGACCAGUGUCAAGUCCACAUUCGUUACAUCCACGUUAUACAACCGAGAUGUUGAGUGUACCGAGGCCAAAAAUCAUAAACACUGUUGCCACCAUACCCUCUUCAGUGGAAGAACUUCACGAGUCAGCACUUCAGCCCCUAAAACCCGUAGGGCAGAAAAUGGGCCACGCUUUAGGGUUUUUUGAGCAAGGAAUUUUUAUUGGACUUGGAAUGACAUUCUGUAUCUUUGUUCCGUUGGCAACUUGGUUUUCGUGGAUUGCCAGCAAGCGAGUGUUAGCUUUAUGGGGGUAG